UCCUGAGAUGAGCAAAGGGCUCUCGGAGAUGAUUUUCUAAAGGACCCAUUCAUCGGGGAGCCGGGAGUUUCACUCUGGGAGCCCUCAUCUUUAAAUUGAGGGCAAGGAUUAGGAUGCGGGGUGGAAAGGCUGAGGACAAAACAUCCCUCGCACGGGCUUUCAGUCGCUGCCAGCGGCACCGCCGAGCCGGAGCCUUCUCCGGGCGUUCUGCGAGCGCGCUCACACGACCAGCAGCGCUUUGAAACUUUCACUGCACAUCUGUGCAUCCCUGCCUGCGCUCGGCAGCGAGCCAAGGGCUGAAUUCCUGCGAGUCCGUGCAGCUCCCACACGUCCACAGCGCUAGGACCCAGAGGGAGCCGGAUCGCUGUGAAUCAGAGAGGAGCCCCGAGCGCUGAAUGAGGCUGCGACGGCAGCGGGCAUGUGAAUGGCUCUGCGGGCUGGCCACAGGGGCCGAGGACAGGGGUGCCACGGAGAGCAGAGCAGCCUGGACACCCCUCGGGCAGCGCCGAGCCCCCGGCCAGCAGCGCUCCGGCUCUGAGGCGGCUCCCAAGUCAGAGGACAAUGCUCCACUGGAGUAUCCUGCGGAACACUCCCUGCUCAGUACCCGGAGCGACCGACACCGCAUUGCCCAGGCGGCUCCGCACACAUCCCACGGCCACGCCACGUGGAGCCUCGGCAGGAGAGAAGCUGUAAACAUCACCGUGGACCCCAAAAUUUUUCGGAAGCGGCGUUUCCGGUCUCCCCGCGUGCUGUUCAGCACGCAACCCCCGCCGGUGGCCGGGCAGGGCCGGAAUUUGGGAUUUCUCAGCGGCGCGGGGGCUCUCAACAGGACUGCCAGGAGCAGGAGGAGCACGCACCCCGUGCUGCACCGCGGGGAGUUCUCGGUAUGCGACAGCGUCAGCAUGUGGGUCGGGGACAAAACCACGGCCACCGACAUCAAGGGCAAGGAGGUGACGGUGCUGGGCGAGGUCAACAUCAACAACAACGUCUUUAAGCAGUACUUUUUCGAGACCAAGUGCAGGGACCCCAAGCCGGUGUCGGGCGGGUGCCGCGGCAUCGACGCCAAGCACUGGAACUCGUACUGCACCACCACCCACACCUUCGUCAAGGCCCUGACCAUGGAGGGCAAGCAGGCGGCCUGGAGGUUCAUCCGCAUCGACACCGCCUGCGUCUGCGUGCUCAGCAGGAAGGCGGCCAGGCCCUGAGCCCGCGCCCUCCGACCCCCCUACCUCAGCCUGUAAAUUAUUUUAAGUUAUAAAGGACUGCAUGGUAUAUUUAUAGUUUAUACAGUACAGAAAGAACC